ACGUGUUAAUGUCAGUUAAUGUUGGUAUUGCUUUUAUCGAAUGUGUACAUAUGCAUACUUUAUGAUUAUCUAAUAGUUUCUGCAUUAAACAAUAUAGAUUAAACAAUGGUGAGACAUAAUAAUCAGUUACCAGAAAAUCUUCCACAAUUGCAAAAUCUUAUUAAACGAGAUCCAGAGUCUUACAAGGAAGAGUUUCUUCAACAGCAUCAACAUUACAAAUCCAUUUUGGAAGUGUUUCGUUUAAUACCUAAUAAAUUUAAUAAGAGUCUCGAUGAAAUAGUCAUCUUCCUGGCACAGGUGGCCCACUGUUAUCCAAAUAUUCUAGAAUCGUUUCCUCAGGAAAUCAUUGAUGUAUUGCAAACCUACAAUACAGUACUUGACAAUGAAAUGCGAUUAACAUUUUGCAAAGCAUUGAUUCAACUCCGUAAUAAAUCUCUUUUGGAACCGACUGUACUUCUGAGUCUAUUCUUUCAACUUUUGAGGUGUCAGAAUAAAAAUUUGAGGCAAUUUCUGGAGACACAUAUUAUUGCUGAUAUUAAAAAUAUCAAUGCUAAACAGAAGAAUGCGAAAAUUAACACAACUUUACAAAAUUUUAUGUUUUCAAUGUUGAAAGAUUCUAAUGUCAGAGCCGCAAAAAUGUCUGCGGAUAUUAUGGUAGAAUUAUACAAAAAAAAUAUUUGGAAUGACGCAAAAACUGUUAAUGUCCUGGCAACGGGAUGUUUCGCCAAAACGACUAAAGUUAUGGUCACUUGUUUAAAAUUUUUUUUGGGAACCAGUAUAGCAGAAAGUGAACAUGACGAUAGCGAUAGCGAUAGCGAACCGAAUAUCAAAGAAAUUAUAAUGGCUAAUAAAGUAAACAAGAAGACAAAGAAACGUGAGAAACAAUUAACAAAAGCAAAACAAUUAUUAGCGAAGUCUAAGAAGAAAGCAUCAAAAGCACCAGUAUAUAAUUUUUCGGCAUUACAUUUGAUUCAUGAUCCGCAAGGUUUUGCAGAGAAACUGUUUAAGCAGUUAGAAAAGAAUAACGACAGAUUUGAAAUUAAACUGUUAACUUUGGACGUAAUUUCUAGGCUCAUCGGUCUACACAAUUUAUUUCUACUAAAUUUUUAUCCUUAUCUUCAAAGAUUUCUGCAACCACAUCAAAGAGAGGUAACGAAACUUUUGCAAUUUGUUGCUCAAUCCUGUCAUGAACUCGUACCACCUGAUGUAUUGGAACCCGUGGUGAAAACUUUAGCAAACAAUUUCGUUACGGAACGAAAUUCCGCCGAUGUUAUGGCUAUUGGCUUGAAUGCCAUUCGAGAAAUAUGCACACGAUGUCCUCUGGUUAUGAAUGCAGAUUUAUUACAAGAUUUAGCGCGAUAUAAGCUAUACAGAGAACGUAGUGUGAUGAUGGCUGCGCGUUCAUUAAUCGGUUUAUUCAGAAACACAAUGCCAGAGUUACUCCACAAAAAUGACAGGGGUCGGCCCACAGAAACAACUGUGUCUUUAGAAACGCCAAAAUAUGGACAUGUAUCUGCUAACGAUUUUAUACCAGGAGCUGAAAUUUUGAUAGACAAUAAUUCUUCUGAAAACCAAAGAAAUUUUGAAAUAGAUAGUGAAAAUGACGACAACGACGAUGAAUGGAUCGAUGUAAAUCACAGUAGUGAUAAUGAAGGUGAUAAUGAUAACGAUAGUUAUAAGCGUGUUGAUAACGACAAUGACGAUGAGGAUAACGAUGACGACGACGACGAUGACGACGACGAUAACGAUGACGAUGACGAUAAUGACAACUAUGGUGAGGAAACAUCAGUUACUGCAGAUACCAAAAACGAUAAUAAAGAUUUGGUGUUAGGUAGUACCAGUAUCAAAUCUGAUACAGAAAUAAAUAGUAGGAAUGAUAAAAAUACAGAUAAAGAGGGCAAGGCAGAGAACGAUAGUGUCGUUCGGAAUAAGGAAAACCCAAAAAGGAAAAAAAAGGGUCGUUCAAUGAAGAAAUUAGAACGAAAACGAUUAAAGCUGAAGACAAAAGAAAAUUCAAGAUCGGUGGAAAAAGAAAUUAUAACUGCCGAGAAGAAGGAAAAGGCAUCCCUAAUAUCUACCGAACGUUUAUUAACCGAUCAGGAUUUUAUGACAAUAGAUAUGGCAUUAGCAAAGCAACAAGUAACAUACGCUAAACGCGGCCUAAAACGAUCUCACGCAAACGAUACUGAACGUGGAGAUUUUGUUAAAUUGGCAGACAUCGAGAAUAUAUACAAGAAACGGAAACACGAUAAAGAAGCUCGUAUUGAAUCCGUUAAGAAAGGACAAGAGGGCAGAGAAAGAUUUGGCUACAAAGAUGGACGACAGAAUCCACUCUGUAGUACAACGAAUCGUGAAAAAAAGAAAACAAAAGCUUUCCAAAUGUUGAAACAUAAGGUGAAAGGAAAAGUGAAACGUUCUUUUAAAGAAAAGCAAAUUGCUUUAAGGAAUCAUUUAUUGAAACAGAAGAGAAUGAAAUGAUUACAGAUGUACAAAUGGUUAUGUGCAUUACACAAGAUGCAUGGAUAUCUGGUAUUCAUUGCAUAUA